AUGUUGCGGAAAACUAGUACAAAAGGAAUGUGCACCGACGGAAAAAUAUUCUCAUUCGGCCUGAAAUCAGAAACCAAAAUGAAAAUCUUUUCUGUUUCUUUCCUACUGUUCCGACUUCAAGUGUCCUACUGUAUGCCAGCUCGGGGUGAUGCUACUGAUGACGAUACCGAAACAACUACGGCUUCACCAAUUUCCAACUACAUGGAUCGUCAAUGUGGAGAAAAUUUAAGCAAUCUGUGGUUAGACAUAGUCUGUGUCGUGGAUAUAUCAAAAGGAAUGACCAAUCAAGGACUGACCAAGGUGGCUGCCAACAUCGCCAGUGUGUUCAGUAUGGGAACUAGAAUUGGAACUCAAGCUGGAGAGCCAAGAACCACUCGAGUCGCACUUGCCACCUACAAUCAGAAUGCCAAAAUUAACGCUGGACUUGACGUCUAUCAAUCGCUCGACGAUCUCUACGACGACAUUUUCACUGUUCUCCAUGCAGUCAGCUCCACAGAUGAAUCGUAUCUUGCAAGAGGAAUAGCUGCAGCUGGAGAUCUUCUCCAUAUUGCAAAACAAAAUGACAAUGACGGAGCUCUUCUGGAAGAUCUUGCGCUUGUUGGCUCUCCAAACUUCAAUUUCGCGAACACCGAUUCGAAUCCAGUUGGAGAAAUUCAAGGAGCUUUAUUGCAAGCCAAUUGCUUCUGUCCAAACGGCUGGACUCAAUACCGCACUUCUUAUGCCUAUGUCAACUCGUACCGCUUCGGAGUUUGCAUCGCUCCUACCUUAAGUUCCGCUGUCUGGAGAGCUGCCAAAUUGAGUUGCCGCAACCAAUGGAAGAAUGUUUACUUGCUCAAUGAACCUCAUCCAAAACACGACAGCAUUCAAAACACCCUACCAAUACCACAUCGGACUCUCCUAUUCAAAUGGGCCUGGUAUUGGGAGCAACCAGAUGGACAGCCAUUGAAACAACUUCACCACUGGACCAACGGGAAUCCUUGGUACCCAAAAUCCGAUUCAUCUUUGACUGUUUUUCAAUUUCCAAUUAAUCAAAAUUUUGAGUCAGGGAUGGUCAAUUGUUUCAAUCCUGACGGAUGGACUCAAUAUCGAUCUUCUUACUCUUAUGUUGAUUCGUCUCGCUUCGGUGUUUGCAUGGCUGCUACCGUAAUCGAAGCAAACUGGAGAGCAGCACAGUUCAGUUGUAGAAGUCAAUAUUCUAAUGCUUACUUAAUCAAUGAGUACGACCUCAAUAAACACAAGUAUAUUCUUGACUUUCUUCAAAAUAUAACUGAAUUCAAAAAACCAUACACCUACCAUCUCGGAUUGUCUUAUUCCAAAGGAACCUAUUGGAAUCCAGGAUAUCCAAAAAGCGAUUCCACUCUCACCGGUGUUACGAACUUUGAGAAUCAAGGAGAAGAAUCAAGCGGAUGGCAAAAUGUAAAUGUGAACAAGGAAUAUCAAUUCUAUCUCUGUGAAGUCGCAGCAUGCGAUACAGAAAACUUUUGUGAACCAGUUGAUAAUUGA